AUGGACAACCCUGAUCAAAUCACAGCUUUUCCGUCAACACUAUCGGACGCUAGAGGCGCCGACGGCAAACUUAGAAAACCCCCGCCGAGAAAGCCACCAGCGAGUCCUUACACCCGUCCCUCAUUAACCGCAAACCGCCGAUGGAUUUCAAAGCUAGUCGAUCCUGCUUAUCGCAUCAUCGCCGGUGGAGCCACUCGGUUUCUUCCUUCGUUAUUCUCUUCCAACGAAGAUCAAGGUGAACCGGGAGCUGAUGAACAGCACAGUAAAGAUAAUCUGCUCAUAACUAAUUCAAAUCUCCUGCCAUCUGAAUUGUCUAAAAUGGCAAGUAUUGGUGAUGAUAGCAGUUUUGACACUGCUCUGCCCAGGCACAUUGAAAAAGGAGAACAACACGAGAAUGAUAGGUUUUCAGAUAUCGAGCAACUGUUGAGAAGGAAAAAAUUCACCAGAGAUGAAUUCGAUCAUUUAGUGGAGGUUUUGAAUUCAAGAGCAAUUGACGUUGCUAGUAUUGAACAAAUUUGA